AUCGCAACUCACUAUCAAAGUUAUAUUUAUAGGUUAUACCUCGAUCGUGGGACUGUAUCUUCAUUAACACAUUUCAGUCAACAAACAUCCUUGAGACCUCUCAUAAAAUUAACAACUCGUCAGAUGAUAACAACGCUCCUCAAACACAUUCAAAAUCGGUUAAUCUGACUCGAAGUCACAUGUGAAGAGUUGCAAUGGUGUCCAACGUAACGCCCAUAGUGAUAACCACGGCCUUUGUUGCCCUAAUAUCGACAGGUCUCUGCGUAUACCUCGUGCGAAAGAAAAGAAGAGAAAAUAGAGUACCCAGCGAGUGGAGAAAAGUAGGUAGCGCAAGAAAACUGUUCCUUUUCCCCUUGAAAAGUGGGCAUUAUAUGGAAAUCGAUUCUGCAGAGUGCACCGAGGUUGGCCUGAGGCUUCUGAAGAGUAACAAAAACCCCCUGGAACUGAGAGAUAGGUCCUUCAUAGUGUAUGGAGAGAAAGACAGCGAGAUCAAAUCUGGUAGAGUACUUCCACAACUAGUUAAAAUAGAAGUAUCAGUACAUGAUGGAAGCCAUAUUGCUCUUGAUGCUCCUCAAAUGAGGACUCUGUACGUUAAAGUUCCGGAAAAAAGUGAUCUCAAUACAACUACCGUCAAGGUCUGGAGUGGCGAAACCGUCGAUGCUGUAGAUUGUGGCGAUGAAGCCGCCAGAUGGUUGUCCCAUCAUAUUUCUCAAAAAGAUGAUGGCUAUAGGUUAGGUUUCCAUGACGCUUCUAAGCGAAGAAACCUAGUGAAAUUCCAAGACAGAAUGAAGUAUUACAAGUUAAUGACCGAUGCUGCUACUGGACUAUUCUCCGAUGUAACAAGUGUACUGGUUGUCAAUCAAGCAUCUAUAAACGAUUAUAACAAGAAAGCGCCAAGUGCUAACGUAACACCAUUGAACUUCCGCCCUAACAUCAUAGUGGACGAUCCUGACAUAAAACCAUACGAAGAAGACGAUUGGGAUUGGAUGAAAAUUGGGGAUGAAGUAAUAAUGAGAAACGUGAAAGAAUGUACACGUUGCGUGUUCACGACUGUAGACCAAGAAACAGGAGUUAGGAAUUCUGACAGGGAACCACUCAAGACAUUAUCGCAGUACAGGAUGUCUAAAAGUCCAGAAAAUGCCCCUAUCAUGGGUAUACACAUGGAGGUUAAAAAAACUGGAAUAAUCAGGUACGGUGAUCCUGUAUAUGUUGGAGUUAAUAAAACGUCAACGAUGAUAUCUAGCAAAACAACUGUAAUCGCGACCACGCUUUUCGUAGCUGUUUCCACGGGUAUCUGUGUCUACGUACUGAAAAGGAAUAAGCGAAAGAAUAAGAUUCCAACGGAAUGGAAACAGAUAGGAAACGUGAAAAAACUUUAUAUUUUUCCGUUGAAAAGUGGCCGUUUCAUCGAGAUCGACAGGGCGGAUUGCACUGAGGUAGGCUUCAGACUGAUUAAAACCGAGGAAAACCCUCUAGAGUUGAGGGAUAGAUCCUUCAUUGUUUACGGGGAAAAGGAUAAAGAAAUAAGAUCUGGCAGAGCUUUACCUUCCCUAGUGAAGGUCGAAAUAUCUGUUCACGAUGAGGAGCACAUAGCUCUUGAUGCGCCAAAUAUGGAGAAAAUUCUUGUAAGAAUACCACAAAGGACCAGUUCAAAUGUGACAACUGUGAAAGAUCACAAUGGUGAAAAUAUUGAAACUUUGGAUUGUGGAGACGAAGUAGCAAAGUGGCUAUCUCAACAAAUUUCACAGCAAAACUCCGGAUAUAGAUUAGGAUUUCACGAGGGUUUGAAACGGAGAAGAUUCGUGAAGCGAGUGAAAAAUGCUGAUCUUUAUGAAAAUUUGACUGAUGAAGCUACGGGGCUUUUUUCAGAUCUUACUAGUGUAAUGAUUGUCAACCAGGCUUCUGUCGAUGAUUGCGCAUCCAAGGUGACUACCAACCAAAUAACACCCUUAUUUUUCCGAGGCAAUAUAGUGGUGGACGGACCGAAUUUGAAGGCAUUCGAUGAGGAUAACUGGGAUUGGAUUAAAGUGGGGGAUGUGGUUAUGAGAAAUGUCAAAGAGUGUACACGAUGUGCAUUCACGAAUGUUGAUCCAGAAACAGGUCUGAGAAGCGACCAAAAGGAGCCAAUAAAAACGCUAUCUAGCUACAGAAUGGGUGGUAAAGGGCCACAAAAAGUACCAGUCAUGGGGAUCCACAUGGACGUGAAGAGAAAUGGCAUAAUAAAAUCUGGAGAUCCUGUAUAUAUCGGGUGCGAUUAAAUUCCUCUGGAAGUUAAAAUUCUCGCAGUUAUUUCAAUAAAAAUAUGAUAUUUUUAGUAUAAAAUUUUUCUUAGGAGAAAUUAAUGAAAUGAAUUAAUUU